AUGGCUUCGGCCUCCGCGCAGACCUCGAGAGGGGUCCGCCUGUUACAAGUCUAUCCUGACAGUGACGAGGUGGAAACGGAUAUAGAUAUCAUCGCCGUUCAUGGUCUUGACACCAAGUCGCCCGACACAUGGACAUGGAAAUCGCCGCGCUCGACUCAAACCGAGUCAUCAGCCAGUGAUGACCACAAAUCUCGAGAUGUCAAUUGGCUCAAAUAUUUACACAUGUUGCCAUCUGUGGUUGGACGUGCCAGAAUAUUUACGUGUGAUUGGCCUGCCGAGUUGUUCCAGCCAGGAAACUUGGUGCAGAGCACCAUUGAUGAGAUCGCCCUGGGUCUUUUGGACGGCAUUCACAGGCGAUCUCCGACCAAGAACAAGGCCAGAGAUGAUCGUCCCAUCAUAUUUAUAGCUUCCUGUCUCGGAGGCAUCAUAUUGACCAAGGCGCUUGUGGAUGCUGACGGUCAACGAAGCGACUACCACCAUGUUAGAAAAGCCACACGUGGCGCCAUCUUCCUUGCUACUCCAUUUGAGGGUACAUCGUUUGAAAAGGUUGCCUUGUGGGCAGAACCUGGACUUAAAUCGUGGGCUUUGCUCCGGGGCCAGCAAUUGAACCCACUCUUGAAAAUGGCGAGAAGUCCAGAUUUCGACCUCAACAAACUCAUGAGACAAUUUACACAACUCGACAAGGAUCCCGACUUUCACAUCUUCACAUUCUAUGAAACCCGCACGACUAGUCUUCCAAGAAAGUUAUUUCCACAGCUUCCCGCCGCAUGGAGCCAAGAAGAAGUGUUGGUCGACUUUCGUUCCGCAAACCCACUGAUCGUAGGAUUCCCGUUGCCUCUCGACCGACCUCACGUCUUAACCAACAAAUUGGAAAAUCCAGGAUGCCCUGAUUAUCAGAAGGUUGCUGGCAAGGUCCAGGAUUUUCUUCAGAUUAUUCGUGAAGGGAGUCCGCUGCAACAAGCUGAGAAAUGGAUAUAUGAAAAUCACUACACCGAGGCAAAGCUACAAAUUGAGCGAGUUUCUGGCGAGCUAUUGUCAAUGGAGCAGUGCUACAUUAAUCUUGCCAUGAUCGAGCAACGGAAUUCCCAAAGCAAUCUAGCAGGCAGUGCAUCAACGGAGUCGGCUUUCUCACUCAGCCAGCGCCUGAAAGUAGAGACACCGGAUAAAGCAGUGCAGGUCGAAUUGAAUGAGAUAUUCAGGCCACGCGGGGGAUCCAAGAAUAAAUUGAUCCCCAGACGUAUCCUGAUCAGAGGUCGUGCUGGUGUUGGCAAGACUACAUUGUGCAAGAAAAUCGUCUUCGAGUGUACGCGGCACGCCAUGUGGAAGGCUCUGUUCGACCGCGUGCUCUGGGUGCGUCUUCGGAAACUGAAGAUACUUGAUGGAAAGGUUCACAAUCUGGAGAGCUUAUUCUUCUAUGAGUACUUCUCCCACGAUGAAGAUGACGGGAGACUGCUUGCCCGAGUGCUAGCAAAAGCAAUCCCGAAUGGCAGAACUCUUUUCAUCCUCGAUGGUCUGGACGAAGUUUCUGGUCUUCUUGGCCAGGAAACACUACUCUCCGAUUUUCUUGCAAGGCUGCUGAGUCAAAGGAACAUUAUCGUCACCUCUCGGCCCCACAUCAGCCUCCGAUCAGCUCUGGUUCCUGACCUAGAGCUAGAGACUAUCGGAUUCUAUCCUGGUCAAGUGGAUGAGUACCUCAAGAAGACGUUCCCCGACAAACCCGAGACUUCUAACCAGAUCAAAUCCUUCCUCCAAGAUCACACACUUGUACAAGAUCUUGUUCGUAUCCCCGUUCAGCUCGACGCUCUUUGCUAUGUCUGGGACGAAGAUCGUGGCCUUGCCGCAAACCUCACUACCAUGACCGGAAUUUACAGAGCGAUCGAGCAACGAUUAUGGAUGAAGGAUGUUCUGCGCUUGAGCAAAGCCCACGAUGGAGCGUCCUUGACAAAGUCGGAGAUUGAAUCUUGCGGUCGUCAAGGUGUCGAAGCUUUCGUAGCUGGCGAGAUCUCUGUUCUCGAAAGACUAGCCUUCGCGGGGCUUCACAAUGAUUCCAUCGAAUUCGCUCCGGCAACACAGCAAGCAGCUUUUCGCCCCUUCACACCGAAACUUAUACCCGGCAAGACACUUCCCUGUAUCUCCUUUCUUCGGACCUCCGGUUUAGGAUCAGAGCCCGACCGAAACUACCACUUCCUACACCUGACGUACCAGGAGUAUUUUGCCGCUCGAUACUUCGUCCGGCAAUGGCUGGAAAGUCCUUCAUCGACCUUGGUCCUCGGUUUUCAAGAUAGCAAUAGUCCUAGCAUCAUAGCAGUCCAGUAUCUGCAAGAGUAUAAGUACAUGACCAGGUACAACAUCUUUUGGCGCUUCGUUGCUGGUCUGCUGGACGCAGAAGGGAGAGCGGAAGAGUUCUUUGAGGCGAUCGAGCAAGAGCCGCGCGAUAUGCUUGGGCGAAUGCACCAGCGUCUCGUCAUACACUUACUGAGUGAGGUGACAGAACCGCCUCACCAAGCUAUACAAACGUCCAGACCUGCAUCAUGGCAGAUAAAGCUCGAGAAUCACUUCGUGGACUGGCUUUUCUGGGAAUGCAGAAACUAUCGCUUCCCCCACGGUGUCUCCAUGAUCAGGGAAUCAGAGCUUUCCUCACGAGUGCUACUCGCCGUGCUACAAGACACUCGACUCAGAGACACUGACAUCAUGUGGACGUGUAUGCGUGGCAUCCAAGAACGAGAGCGAAUGCCAUCUCAAGUAAUUAAUCUUCUCUCAUCCUGGCUGACGCUCGAUUCGAUGGCCGAGUACGCGUUGAACGCGCUUGAAAGUCAGAGCAUGCUGCCAAAAGCGAUCAUCUCGCAGGUUGUUGCUCGAAUGCAUGCUGGCGAGAGUGAAACUAGGGCUGCCGCCAUGCGCGUUCUAUACCAACAAGACGUGCUUUCCGAGGAAGUUCUAUUGCGAGUAGUCGCACAGAUUGAAGAUGAAGAUUGGGAGGUACAGGAAGCGUUGGCAAACAUCCUUGAUCUUCAGCGAAAUUUACCAGAGACUUUGCUCGGAUAUAUAGUUACGCGGCUUGAAGACAAAUCUUACGUAGUCCGAGAGACUGUAGUGGGAGCUCUCAAAGCUCAAAAAUUAUUAUCACAUGACAUCCUCGAGAAAAUAGUUGCACGGCUUGAGGAUGAAUCUGACUUGGUCCGGCAGGAGGCAGUAUGGACUCUCGACGCUCAAAAACCACUAUCAGAUACUAUUUCCAGACAAAUAGUCGCUCGUCUUGGAGAUGAAAAUCCCUACGUCCGGAACACGGUGGAAAGUGUUCUCGCCGCUCGAAAUGCGCUACCAGAGGCUUUUCUAUUGGACAUGGCUGCGAAACUUGAAGAUGAUGAUGAGAUAGUCCGCACGGCGGCGAUGAAAAAGCUCAGAAAACAGGAAGUUCUGCCAGAUAAAAUCGUAUCUCAGACUACCGCCCGACUGAAAAAUUGCAGGCCAGAAGUCCAGACAUGCGCGAUAAAGGUUCUCGCUGGUCAGACAGCGCUACCAGAGGCAUCUUUGCUGCAGGUUGCCACACUGCUUCAACACGAAGCAAUUAUAGUCCGUAUAGAAGCGAUCAAAAUGCUCAGCGCUCGGACAGCACUGCCGGAGAGGAUUUCAACGCACAUAGUCGCGCUGCUCGAAGAUGAGCAUGUUUUAGUCCGAGUGCAGGUUCUAGAGGCCCUCAGUAAAAGAGAGCAGCUGUCUCAAGCGACAGUUUCGCGAAUAUUAGACAGACUACAGGACAGAGAAGCAGUGGUCCGAAUAGCCGUCAUGCAGACCCUCCGCAGCACCAAGGCACUAUAUUCCGAUUAUUCUCGAUCGCAGAUAGCGGCGCAAGUUGAAAGGGUCAAAGGGUCAAAGUCAUUUGUCUCAGACAUCGUGGCGCAGCUCAGAGGAACGGAUCCCAAAAACAAACUCGCCGCCCUUGAAGCACUCGCGGAUGAAUCGAAGUUGCCCGAACCAAUUCUGGUGCACAUAGCGGCUUGUCUCGACGAAUUCAAAAGUGAGAUUCAGUCGGCCCCAGGGGAAGCGCUCUCUCGGCAGGCUGCAUUGUCGGAAGUGGUUCUGACGGAGAUUGCGAAGCACUUCGAUAACAGCGAUGAUCGUGUUCGUCAGCAUGCGCUUGCCGCGGUCGAAGGCCGAACAUAUCUACCUCGCGCUGUUGUAUCGCAAGUAGCUGCGCGGCUCGAAGACAGCGACCGCGUGGCCCGAUGGAUCGCUUUCAAUAUCCUUAUUCAUCAAGCGACAUUGACCGGAAGAGACAUAAUGCCCCACGUCAAAUCAUUGUAUCGGGAAUUUGUCGAUAACAGAUUGUACAAUAUCUGUUGGAUUACGACACCUUCGGAAUCUUAUCUUCAGACUGGCCAGAAACGAAUUCCAAUCUAUGAUUGGGAGUCGCAAAUGGACAUCAAAGUUCGGGAGAUUGUAGCCGAGCUAGAGAUUCCUCAGCUGAAGAGUAAGCAAUGGCGGAUAGUUCAGGAAGUGGAGGACGAGUCAACGGUACGAAGAGUAACUGAAAGGACGACGGAGAGCGUCUCGUCAGACUCCGAAUUAUCAAAUACGAUACAACAGCAAAUGCAACAGACGAAAGAGAGCAUCUCAACUCGCUCUAAAUUAUCGACCUUCAGGGCGUUGUUCCGCAAGGCGAGGAAUCAAAGCUGA